CGAUCGAACGGUUUGGAAAACGAAGCACUCUUGGCGGUUGUUUAUUUGUUUUUUUUUUUGUUUGUUUGUCGUCACCGAUUGUUUUACUAUAACAGUAAUAAAAAAAAUUAUCAACUGUAAGUUUUUCGUUUGCUACCUACCGUGGAAGGGAUCGAGAACACAACAGCUACUGAAACAUGGUGGAAACUUCGGUGGUGAAGUCAAGUUCAAUGACGAAGCUAAGUGCGACGGAUCCGGCAAGCAACGGGAGCGGAAUCGAGACGAAUACGAAUACGAGCUCCGAUGAUCAUUACAACCCAUCGGUGAGGAUCUUGCACAUCCCGAAGCAACCGGAUGGAUCGUGCGGUUUUCACCUGACCCGAAGCAAAUGGGAUCCGUAUCCUUGGGUCAGUGGAGUAGAUGAAGUUUCGCCAGCUGAGGUGACCGGUUUGAAGGCCGGCGACUGUGUACUAGAGGUCAACAACGAGGACAUUCUCGGCAUGCGGAUUGCCGAGGUUGCCGGUAUGGUACGCUCCAAAUCAGAUAUAGUGACACUGCUGCUAUGGAGCACCGGUAUGGAGCCAACCUGUAAUCCGGAGUCGCUUUGUUGUGGCCCAAUGCCAAUCAAUCUGGAGCGAUUAUCGGCCAGUAUGCAAACUAUCGUGGCCGCUCUGGAGUGUCCCGUUUGUUUCGACACUAUCCCGCCGCCGGUUUUCCAGUGUCAGAACGGUCACCUGGUGUGCUCUCGCUGUCGGGUACGUUCGGAGCGAUGUGCCAUCUGUAGGGAGAAGUAUACCUUCGGUCGGUCACUGCUGGCCGAGCAGGUGUAUCAGUCGAUUGCCCAAUCGUUCAAUUUGACCGAAGGGAACGAUGGUAGGCUACGCGAGCGAUUGUUUGGGGCCAAGUGCACGAGAAAGAAACCACGCAGUCCCUUUAACAGUGAAGGCCAUCUACCGGCUGGCAAGCAGAUCCACUCGCAUACACACAAGUUCCUGGCGAGGAUAAUGGGAAAAUCAUCCUCCGUUGACAAUUUGAGUAAAAACCAACUCGGUGAACAGGGCGACGAACUGCACGGACUGAAGGGGAAAUCGUUAUCAUUAUCGUCUAGCGAAAUAUUCAGGCGCGAUAACACGGUAUCCGUUCCACGCUGCACAUCGUCCAAUCGACUAGCUCCGGAACUGGCGGCUUCGUGUAAUAGUUUGACCAUACGAAGGCAAACCUCGUCUCUAUCGUGUAACGUUUCGGCGGAAAGCUUAAGAAGUAUACCGGAAAAUGGGAUUCAAAUUGAAGUACCUGAUCAUUCCCAACCGCAAGGGACGGUUUAUUGCUGUCCUUGCGGUGAAUAUUGUAAUGAUAAGAUAAAUGUUUCCGCGCUGGAGCAGCACGUAACCGAGCAUCACCGGACGCCGAUCAUUUCGUUUGGCACCGCAUCGGCUGAGAUUUCACUUCCGCCCAGGACACCUGUUGACAAUGCCUGCCUGGUGCUGAUACUUGAUAGUCAUAAAUUUUGGCUGAAAUUAAUCUCGAGUCCGAGUUCCGUCGGUGAUAUCUUCAUAUCGGCCCUCCUGCAGGGAGCAGAAACCGAGUGCCGGAACUAUGCACUGGAGGUGGUGAUACGGAAAGCCGGACUGCAUCAGAUACUGGGAAAGGAACUGAUUUCCCGCUCGGAGGUUCACUCGAUGAAAGACAAAUCAUGGAAUGAUGUCAGCAAAUCCAGAAGCGGUGUUCACUACACUAGCGAGUGUAUUAAAUCAACAUUCGAACCGGAAACGGAGAUACUGCUAAAGGCCAGCAUUAAACGAUUGUCUGACAUUGCCUAGUUGUGCUACGAAAGCAUUGCAUAUAAAGAAGACAAAGUGACGAACUGCCAUACGACAGAGAAAGGGUUUGAAUUAGUCUCAAAGUGUUAUGAUGAUCUAUUACAUUUGGAAUAAAAUAUUCAUGUUUUAAAUAAAA